AUGCCGGAGCAGAGCAAGAGGCGGCGAGGCCGCAAGCGCACGGCGGCGGCGACGCUGCUCCUCGCGUACGCGGCGCUCGCCAUGGAGCGCGCCGACGCGGCGCUGCUCCCGGCCGUGUACAGGGAGAUCGGCGCCGCGCUGCAGGCCUCGCCCACCGCGCUCGGCUCCAUCGUGCUCUCCCGCUCCGUCGUGCAGGCCGCGUGCUACCCCCUCGCCGCAUACCUGGCCGCCCGGCACGACCGCCUCACCGUCAUCGCCCUCGGCGCAUUCCUCUGGGCCGCUGCCACCUUGCUCAUAGGCCUCUCAACCACCUUUGCGCAGCCAGAGCUCUGGUCGCUUAGAAAAUCGAAUGAUGCGAUAUUGCAGAUGGCCGUGACAGCGGCGUUGAACGGCGUCGGGCUGGCGCUGCAGAUCCCGGCGAUCUUCGCCUUCGUCGCGGACUCCGUCGACGGCACGAACAGGGGCAUGGCCUUCGGGUGGCUCAUGGUGGCGAGCAAGGCCGGCACCGUGGGCGGCACCACCCUUGGCCUACUCAUGGCGCCCACCUCGUUCUUUGGCGUUCCGGGUUGGCGGCUCGCCUUCCUCCUGCUCGCCGCCCUAGUCGGCUUCUCCCACGGCGAGACGGCGGCGCUGAUGACUCUGUUCAAGGUCGCCACGUCGCUGGGCGGCCUCUUCGGCGGCAAGAUGGGGGACGUCCUCGCCGGGAGGCUCAAGAACUCGGGCCGCAUCAUCCUCGCGCAGAUCAGCGCCGGCUCGGCGAUCCCUCUCGCCGGCGUCCUGCUGCUCGCGCUCCCGAGCGAGCCGGCGACUUUCGCCCACCACGGCGCCGCGCUGUUCGUCAUGGGGUUCAUGGCCUCCUGGAACACCUCGGCCACCAACAGCCCGAUACUGGCCGAGAUCGUGCCGCCGCGGUCGAGGACGAGCGUGUACGCGCUGGACCGGACGUUCGAGGCCGUGCUCGCCUCGUUCGCUCCCCCGGUGGUCGGCAUGCUCGCCGAGCACCUCUACGGCUACAAGCUGGUGCGCUCUGCUGCCGGCGGCGCAGGGCACGCGGCCUCCGUCGAGACGGACCGGCACAACGCGACGUCCCUCGCCAGGGCCCUGUACACCGCGAUCGCCAUCCCCAUGGCGCUGUGCUGUCUCGUCUACUCGUUUCUGUACUGCACCUAUCCCAGAGACAGAGACCUGGCGCGGGCUGAGACGGCGCGAGAUGGAGGUGGAGCCCGUCCCAGUGGCGAGGGGUCCGACACCGACGAUGAAGGGGAGGAGGAGAGGGAGCUGCUGCCACUGUGA